GCAUGGGCAACCCGACGCUUCGCAACGCACUUCCACUAUCAACGUAUUUCUUUGCCAUCAUGACGCAUCACCUGCUAUUGUUCUCUAUCUCUCGCUUUCCAACGAACACGCUCUAUGCUGUUCUCCACGCUCCUUCAACUCAGUUUCUAUUCUGUCUCGGCUCGGUAUCCAUCUACGACCCCUGUGCGGCGCUCGGUCGAGGGUGUGGGCAGCCCUUCUUCCUUGCAAUGCACUUCCCCCACAUUAUCCCAUCAACGUAUCAUUUCUGCUUCAUCGUUCCACUAUAACAAGGAGUUCUGAUUAUAUCCUGUUAAAUGUAUACAUAUCUGCGUCUCGUAUCCAAUUCUCCG